AGAGGGUGAAUCAUUCAUUUCAUCCUACCAACAAUAAUUCCUGCUUCGAUUUGGUUAGACCAAAUGCUCCACGUGCCACUGCCAGUCCACGUUCUAACCGUUUUGACGUUGAAAUCUAUAUAUAUAUAUAUAUAUAUAUAUAUAUAAGUUUGUGGUCUGCUUUGCCAAACCAUCCCUGCUUAUUCGUUUUUCAUAAGCUUUGUUUUGUGCAACGCCUGAAGGAGGUGAACAAUCCUUUGUUUUUGAAGCUAAACAGGUUUUGUGCGGGAGAGACGGGAGAAAAUUCGUGGCAUUAAUGUCGAGCACUUUGAAGGAGACGAGAAACGGGGGCGUUUCAGUGGAUGGCCUGGAAGGUCACGGACACGGUGUUGGUGUUCGGGACUUGUACGGCGAGGAUAGUGCCACGGAGGAUCAGCCUAUCACUCCCUGGACUUCUUCUGUGGCCAGUGGAUGCGCCUUGCUGCGUGAGCCACGCUACAACAAAGGACUUGCCUUCACUGAGAAAGAAAGAGAUGCUCAUUACCUGCGUGGCCUUUUGCCUCCAGCUAUCCUCUCUCAAGAGCUUCAGGAGAAGAGGUUGAUGCAUAAUCUUAGCCAGUAUGAUGUUCCUCUGCAUAGAUACAUGGCCUUGAUGGAUCUUCAGGAGAGAAAUGAAAGGCUGUUUUACAAGCUUUUGAUCGACAAUGUUGAGGAACUGCUCCCUAUUGUUUACACUCCUACGGUUGGAGAAGCCUGCCAGAAAUAUGGAAGCAUUUUUAGGCGUCCUCAGGGUCUCUAUAUCAGUUUAAAGGAGAAAGGCAAGAUUGCUGAAGUAUUGAAAAAUUGGGGAGAAAAGAACAUUCAAGUUAUUGUUGUGACUGAUGGUGAGCGUAUUUUGGGACUUGGAGAUCUUGGUUGCCAGGGCAUGGGCAUUCCUGUUGGGAAACUCUCUCUCUAUACAGCAUUAGGAGGUGUUCGCCCUUCAGCAUGCUUACCAAUAACUAUUGAUGUUGGUACAAACAAUGAGAAGUUGCUGAAGGAUGACUUCUACAUUGGGCUUAAGCAAAAGAGGGCAACGGGGAAGGAAUAUGAAGAACUCCUAGAUGAGUUCAUGCACGCUGUUAAACAGAACUACGGGGAGAAAGUCUUGAUACAGUUCGAAGAUUUUGCGAAUCAUAAUGCUUUUAACCUGCUGGCAAAAUACAACUCAUCUCAUCUUGUCUUUAAUGAUGAUAUACAGGGUACAGCAUCUGUGGUAUUAGCAGGACUGCUUGCUUCCCUGAAAUUAGUGGGGGGAACCCUAGCUGAUCACACCUUCUUAUUCCUAGGUGCUGGAGAGGCUGGAACUGGGAUAGCGGAGCUGAUAGCUCUCGAGGUUUCAAAGAAGACAAAAUCUCCAUUGGAGGAGACUCGUAAGAAAAUUUGGCUAGUGGAUUCCAAGGGACUGAUUGUUAAGUCUCGUAUGGAAUCGCUUCAGCACUUCAAAAAGCCUUGGGCUCAUGAACAUGAACCUGUAAAGGGACUUCUAGAUGCUGUCAAGGCAAUCAAGCCAACGGUUUUGAUCGGAUCAUCUGGAGUAGGAAAGACAUUUACAAAGGAGGUGGUUGAAGCCAUGUCAUCCUUCAAUGAGAAACCACUCAUUCUUGCUCUGUCCAACCCAACUUCACAAUCUGAGUGCACAGCUGAAGAAGCUUAUACAUGGAGCAAGGGUCGAGCAAUCUUUGCUAGUGGAAGCCCAUUCGACCUAGUUGAAUAUGGAGGAAAAGUUUUUGUGCCUGGACAGGCCAACAAUGCAUACAUAUUUCCUGGUUUUGGCUUGGGUUUGAUCAUCUCUGGCGCAAUCCGGGUGCAUGAUGAGAUGCUCUUGGCAGCCUCGGAAGCUCUGGCUGCACAAGUGGCUCAGGAAAACUAUGAUAAGGGGCUGAUUUACCCUCCUUUCACUAACAUAAGGAAGAUAUCAGCCCACAUUGCUGCUAAUGUUGCAGCCAAGGCAUAUGAACUUGGUUUGGCUUCUCAUCUACCUCGACCUAAGGAUCUUGUCAAAUAUGCAGAGGGCUGUAUGUACAGCCCAGCCUACCGAAGCUACCUUUGAAAGUUUUGAUCUGUAUCACGCGGCAUCUGUGAGCUUUUAAAGGAAGCAAAUUGCUGACUUACUAGACAUUGUUAUUGGAACUCUUUAUACAUUAGGAAAGUGGUCAAUUCUCUUUUAUUUUUUGUUAUUGUAUUUGGAAGAAAUAUUUCUAUAUUCUGCAGCGAAAUUUGAAUGUUUGGUUCCCAAUGUACGAGUCAAUGGCCAAUAAGAAGUUGUUACCCAAUUAGUAAUUUCA